AUGUAUUACACUCCUUCUAGACCGGGUGAUAAUGACAAAUAUCCUACACGUCAUGAGAAGCCUCCAGGUUAAAACCCUCAAUAUCUUCAAAAAUUGGCUGAAGAUCCUCGUCGAGCUGAUGAUUAUUAUGGCCAUCCUCAAGAACGUCCACCACCUCAAAGAAAGCCCAUUUAUUAGGAACAAGGCCCAGAAAGAGCUCCAUUGCCUUAAAGACCCCAAGAUCGCCCUUUGGAUCGACCACAACCUCCAUAUGGCAACAUCCCAAGAGGAUUUGAACGACCUCCUCCUGGUUUCAAUCCUCAAUAUCCUCCUCCACCUCCUGAAAGAUACAAUAAUGCUCCGUAUGAUCAUGGCUAUCCUGAUGAUCGUUACUAUAGACCAAUAUCUGCUCCUUAUGGCAGUCCAUAUGGUCCAAGAUAAUAACCAUACGGGGAACCAUCUCCUUAAGGUUUGAAAGGAUAGGGAAAAGCAUAUGACCCAAGAAGAGUUGGACCACCUCAAGAUUUUAGAGGUCCUCCCCCUGAUUUCCGUGGAAUGCCUCCUCCUGAUUUUCGCGAUGGUCCUGAAUUUAGAGGAAUGCCUCCUCCUGAAUAUAGGAGAAUGUUCCCUCCCAAUUAUUAAGGCGGUGAGUUCAGAAGAGGAAUGCCAGAACCAAUGGGUUAUCGCGGAGAUUAUGGCAGAGAUGUACCCUCAAGAGGUGGGCCUCCUCCUGAUUAUAGAGGACCACAAUUAGAGCACAGAGGAGGACCUCCUCCCGAUUACAGAGGACCCCCAUUGGAGUAUAGAGGUGGACCUCCACCUGAUCACAGAGGUGGACCACAUUAAGAAUACAGAGGUUUGCCUCCUCCAGACUACAGAGGUGGGCCACCUCCUGAUUUCAGAAAACCUCCUCCUCCUGAAUAGAGAGGAAUUCCCCCUCCUGAAUAUAGAGGAAUGCCUCCUGCUAAUUAUAGAGGACCUCCUCCUGAAUAUGGGAGAGGAAUGGAUCCAAGAGGAUUGCCACCGUAAGAGUUAAGAGGAUAACCACCUCCAGGCGAAUACAGAAGAGGUGGAGGAUAUCCUCAAAGAGGAGGCCCAUCUAAUGAGUUUUAUAGGGGAGAUUAUCCUCCUUAAUAUCCAAGGGGUGGAGAAUAAUUAUAAAGGGGAGGACCUGGCGGAAGGGAUUUUGAACCACGACGACCUUUAUCGCCUUAAGCGCAAAGAAGAGACCAUGGAUAUCAUUAGUUUAGUUCGCCACAAUAAAGAAUUAAGCAGGCUUGA